CAGUCGGCACUCGGCGAUGGGAAGCGGCGCGGCCGCGGACCCGGGCUGUGGCAAAGUUUCCCAGACGCGCUCAUCAGGGCGCGCUGCUGCCGACCGCCCGUGACUGCUCCGAGAAGGGCUCGGAGAUUUUUAACUGGGGAGAAAGCAUUCACCUCAUUUCCUUUGUCAAGCGCUCUCUCCGCGCGGCCAGCGGCGGGAGCUCCAAACUUGGGCGAGGCGGCUCCACCGCCGGCGGUCCAGGCUUUGGAGAACGUCGGCACUCAGGUGCUCCGGCGCCCGGCGGCCCGAGGUGUGCUCGGGGGUGUGAGUCAGGGGGAGUCCGGGGUGCGCAGCGAGGAGGGGGCCCCGGGAGCUCUAUAUGGAGGAGGGAGCCCAGAAUGGUGUGCACCAGGAAGACCAAAACUUUGGUGUCCACUUGCGUGAUCCUGAGCGGCAUGACCAACAUCAUUUGUCUGCUCUACGUGGGCUGGGUCACCAACUACAUCGCCAGCGUGUAUGUGCGGGGGCAGGAGCCGGCGCCUGAUAAGAAGCUGGAGGAAGACAAAGGGGACACCCUGAAGAUUAUCGAACGGCUGGACCACCUGGAGAAUGUCAUCAAGCAGCACAUCCAAGAGGCCCCCGCCAAACCUGAGGAGGCAGAGGCUGAGCCCUUCACAGACUCUUCUCUGUUUGCACACUGGGGCCAGGAGCUCAGCCCCGAAGGCCGGCGUGUGGCCCUGAAGCAGUUCCAGUACUACGGCUACAACGCCUACCUCAGUGACCGCCUACCCCUCGACCGGCCCUUGCCUGACCUCAGACCCAGUGGGUGCCGCAACCUCUCGUUCCCGGACAGCCUCCCGGAGGUGAGCGUCGUCUUCAUCUUCGUCAACGAAGCUCUCUCUGUGCUGCUGCGCUCCAUCCACUCAGCCAUCGAGCGCACGCCUCCGCACUUGCUCAAGGAGAUCAUCCUGGUGGAUGACAACAGCAGUAACGAGGAGCUGAAGGAGAAGCUGACAGAGUAUGUGGACAAGGUGAACGACCAGAAGCCGGGCUUCAUCAAGGUCGUGCGGCACAGCAAGCAGGAAGGCCUCAUCCGCUCCAGGGUCAGUGGCUGGAGGGCCGCCACUGCCCCCGUAGUGGCGCUCUUUGACGCCCACGUGGAGUUCAAUGUGGGCUGGGCUGAACCCGUGCUCACCCGCAUUAAGGAGAACCGGAAACGGAUCAUCUCGCCAUCCUUUGACAACAUCAAAUACGACAACUUUGAGAUAGAAGAGUACCCGCUGGCCGCUCAGGGCUUUGACUGGGAGCUGUGGUGCCGCUACCUUAACCCCCCCAAGGCCUGGUGGAAGCUGGAGAACUCCACGGCCCCAAUCAGCCGCCAGCUGAUAAGACACUACACAGGAGCUAGAAGUGGUAGCAGUGUGCAGUGGAACAACUCAAAGUCAUUUGUGAGUCCCGCCCUCAUUGGCUGCUUCAUCGUGGACCGGCAGUACUUCCAGGAGAUCGGCUUAUUGGACGAAGGCAUGGAGGUCUAUGGAGGCGAGAACGUCGAGCUUGGGAUCAGGGUGUGGCAGUGCGGCGGGAGCGUGGAGGUCCUGCCCUGCUCACGGAUUGCCCACAUCGAGCGAGCCCACAAGCCCUACACCGAGGACCUCACUGCCCAUGUCCGCAGGAACGCCCUCAGGGUGGCUGAAGUCUGGAUGGACGAAUUUAAAAGCCAUGUGUACAUGGCAUGGAACAUACCCCAAGAGGACUCAGGAAUUGACAUCGGGGAUAUCACUGCAAGGAAGGCUCUGAGAAAACAGCUACAGUGCAAGACCUUCCGGUGGUACCUGGUCAGCGUGUACCCAGAGAUGAGGAUGUACUCGGACAUCAUUGCCUAUGGCGUGCUGCAGAACUCUCUGAAGACUGAUUUGUGUCUUGAUCAGGGUCCAGACACAGAGAAUGUUCCUAUCGUGUACAUCUGCCAUGGGAUGACGCCCCAGAACGUGUACUACACGAGCAGCCAGCAGAUGCGCGUGGGCAUCCUGAGCCCCACCGUCGACGACGAUGACAACCGGUGCCUGGUGGACGUCAACAGCCGGCCGCGGCUCAUCGAGUGCAGCUACGCCAAAGCCAAGAGGAUGAAGCUCCACUGGCAGUUCUCCCAGGGAGGCCCCAUCCAGAACCGCAAGUCCAAGCGCUGUCUGGAGCUGCAGGAGAACAGCGACGCGGAGUUCGGCUUCCAGCUGGUGCUGCAGAGGUGCUCGGGCCAGCACUGGAGCAUCACCAAUGUCCUCAGGAGCCUGGCGUCCUGACCCCGCCGGGAGCGGCCCCCGCACCCCGCCCCUUUGCUACCGUGUAGCACCUGCUGCAACCUUGCCUGCUGUCCUGUGGGGUUGUUUGGAGUCAGGGGAACCAGGUUGGUUGGCCCCCAAAGAGCUUUUUAUUUCCUAUUCAAUUUUCAUGGAGUUUAUAGAAAGACGCCGAAUGGUGGGUGAGGGUAUAAUAUCAUAAACUAUUUUGCAACUGUAAAUAGGGGACACACGGAAAAUAUUUAUAACUGACAAUAAAAUGCUAUUGAUUAA